AUGUUCCUCAAGAUACCUUCAUUUUUUUUUCUUUCUUAUUGUUCAUAUCUAUCUAUCGAUCAAUCUAUCCUGCCCGGAUUGUUCAUAUCUAUGUAUCUAUUCCUGUCUAUUCAUAUCUAUCUAUCUAUCUAUCUAUCUAUCUAUCUAUCUAUCUAUCUAUCUAUCUCAUUCUGUUCAUAUCUAUCUAUCUAUCUAUCUAUCUAUCUAUCUGUUACGCCACUCACUCGCUCUUCUUUUCUCCCUCUUUUUUUAUCUGUUCCUAACUCUUCUUCCUCUUCCUCUUUUUCUUCUUCUUUUUCAUCUUUUUUCUUCUUUUUCUUCUUUCUUCUUCUUCUUCUUUUUCUUCUUCUUCUUCUUCUUCUUUUUCUUCUUUCUCCUUCUUCUUUCUUUUCUUCUCCUACAGUCAUAAAUAUUCUUCUUCUUCUUCUUCAUUUUCUUCUUUAUUCUUCUUCUUUUUCCUCUUUUUCUUCUUCUUCUUCUUCUUCUUCUUAUUAUUAUUAUUAG